GUGGCGGGGGCGGUGCAGAAGAACCGUAGGGCAGCCCGAAGGGAAGGGAGCGCAGCGUUAGGGAAGCAGAGGCAAAGGACCAAUGCAAAGCCAGCCUGGGCUAUAUAUGCCCAGCCUUUCCUGACCUAUAUAUGUAGGGAUAUUCUGUCUUUUAAAACAAACAAAAACCAAGGGCUGAAGCACCGAGUCAGAGGCGGGUGGUGAAGAGCAGAACUGGGCUUGGAUUCAGGUUCUGGCUUAAGCGAUCCUCUCUACGCCUGCGCUGGUGAAUCGCGGGGGCUACGGGGGAGGUCGUUCUGCCGGGUCCGCCUCACGAGUUGCGGGGCUCCGCCCCCGUCGGUCCCUCCCGACCCGGUACAGCUGCUUCCGGGCUCGCAGGGCUCCGGGAGGCCGCUCUCCGGACGCUGGGCCCCAGAGCAGCCCGCAGCGCGCAGCGCCCAGCCGCCUGGGUCCCCAGCGAGGCCUGCACUGAGCCCCGCGACUGCGCUCUCCAAGGACAUCCCUGUUCUGACCUUGCGGAGGCCGCGUCUCAGCUGCGCCCUCGCGGGACAGUGGGCCACUCUGGAACGAUCGCUCCCUAAGUUAAGGAAUGUGUGUAACUGGAGUUCGCUCGACACUUGCAUCCCGUCUUCCUCUCACCCGAGACUUCCUGUUCCUUGAGCUCCCUUGGGCAGCGGUUUAAGGCUCCUCAAAGUCAGGACUGAAGGACUCUGGGCCACCUUCCUUACUUCUUCGAUGGAGCACCACCUCCCCCCACUUUUUGGGCACCUUGGGGUGUGGCCUUGGUGAGUGAAACUUAGGGUGCUGACUGCUGGGAAGGAAAUCUGAAAACACAGAACAUUAUGGGGGAGAUCCAGGCCUUAUAAGGCCCUUGAAGUCUUGUGAGUGUGUGGGGUGGCAAAUGGAUUUCUUUUCCCCUCCACUGACAAGGAAGCAGGCCAUCUGCCACACUUGGGGCUACGUGAGCUCUUUCUGAAUUCAGAGUAGGACGACAUCUCCAAGCAGAUAUCUACUCUGAACCGGAACAGAUUCCGGCUUCUGAGGAGAUCCCGAGAAUCUUUAGUAGAGUCAGGAAGGGGUCGCAGAUUUGGGGGGCUCAUUACACAGUUCAGUCAUGUUCCUGCGAAGGCUUGGUGGCUGGCUACCUCGACCUUGGGGCCGCAGGAAAUCAACAAAGGCUGACUUGCCAGCCCCAGAACCCAGAUGGGUGGACAGCUCCCCCGAGAAUUCAGGGAGUGACUGGGACAGUGCCCCAGAGACAAUGGGAGAUGUGGGGCCUCUCAAGACCAAGGAUUCGGGGAAACCGAGGACCCUUGGGGCUGCUCCAGAAUUGAGCAGGGAGCUCCAAGUGGACCAGCUGGAGAGCAAAAAAAAGGAUUCCCUCCAGCGGGACAAGACUGUCUCCAGUGUUCGAGAGCCGGCAAGGCUGGAGACUGGAGGAGCCAUUCCCAAACGGGAAUGGGAGUCUGUGGAUUCAGGUGGCAUGAAGAGCCUUGGAGUGUCCCCCCAAGGGGGAUUCGGCACCACUGGACCAGAAGCCCUAUUGGAGAAGCCCGGUCGACGUCAGAAGUUGCUGCGUUGGCUACGGGGGGAUCCGGGAGAUCCCUCACAUUACCUGCGGGACCCGGAGGAGUAUCUGCAGAUCUCUACCAACUUGACCCUGCACCUGCUGGAGCUGCUAGCCUCAGCCCUCCUGGCUCUGUGCUCCAGGCCACUUCGAGCUAUCUUGGACGCUCUGGGCCUUCGAGGACCUGUGGGCCUCUGGCUACACGGGCUGCUGUGUUUCCUGGCUGCCCUACAUGGGCUCCAUGCUGUGCUGAGCCUGCUUACUGCUCACCCCCUGCAUUUCGCCUGCCUCUUUGGCCUCUUGCAGGCCCUGGUGCUGGCUGUCAGCCUCCGGGAACCUGUUGAGGAUGAGGAGACCACUGAUUGGGAAAGUGAGGGGCAGGGGAGGGAGGCCAGGGAGCCGACGGAAGGUCCAGGAAGGGCGCUGUGACUGGGUGAGGGCAAAGGGCGAAGAGAGUGGUGUGGUCUUUAGGACGACGGUGGGGAAACCCAGAUGGGAAGCACAGUGACCUCAGGGAUGGGGAGGAGACUCAGGAAAGGCACGGGAGCCCGUCAGAUGACAGAUGGGGCUGUUUAGGGUCCAAUAAUGGACCAUGAUGGGGCAUCACCAUUUGAGUCACCAGCUGUUAUUUCUUCCUUUUACGUUUAUUCACCUCUUUCUAAAUUACCACCUCCAAUUUUCCCCCCACCUCCAGUUUUUAAGAGCAAAAUAAAAUAAAAAUGGUGGAGAAUGAAGGCCAAAGGGUCCUUUCCAACCCUAGGGGUGGACCAGGCCAGAGGCAGGACAGAGAUCUCUGCAUUAAGAGGUGACAGGGAGAUCCAUGCAGUCCCUUGGAUCCUAGGACCAGAGCCAUCUAGAGGAGAGUAGGGCUGUGAGGUAGGAGGAACUGGGAUUCUAGAAGGGGCUACAGGUGUUAUGGUGCCUGCAGGGAGGGUCUGGUACUCAGUGGGAUCCAGAAGAAACAGGGAUGGUGCAGGCCACAUUGGCCCAAGGACCAGUUCAGAAGGGUUCUGACGGGCAGUGGGCACAGUGCCUGCCAUCUCCACUCAGGCUAGGGAUUUGUUCACUCAGCAAUAAAUGUGCGACACUAAAUCCUAAAUAUACCAGUACAAUGUGA